GUGGCGGGGGCGGGCUCUUAAAGGGCCCGCGGGGAGAGGAUGCUGGCGGCGGUUGUGCGGCGGGUUCUGUGUCGCCUGGCCGCCCGGCCAGGCCCCGCGGGGCUCCCGCUGCCCCGGGCCGCCUGGCGAGGCGGGGCCCGCGGGGAGAAGGCGGGCGGCGGGCCGGGGUUUGCGCGGCGGGGGCGGCGGCGGCUGGCCGGGGGUGCCCUGGGCUUCUUGGGAGCCCUCUCCUUCUUCGCCAGGGACGUCGAGGAGGACAGCGAGGACGCCAUUAUCCUCCUGCUGAAGAGAGCGAAGCUCAGCGUCAUGAAGGGCGAGCUGGGGGAGGCCGAGCAGGUUCUGCACCAAGCCCUGCGGCUGUCGCAGCAGUCGGAGAACAGGAAAGCCAUCGUCUACACCUACAGCAUGAUGGCAAACGUGGCCUUCAUGCAGGGACAGCUGGACGAUGCCGAAAAGCUCUACAAAGCAAGUAUGAGUUAUUUGCUUGCAGAGGACACAAAAGAGGAUGACAAUGCAAUCCUUGAGAUGUCCCUUAAGCUGGCCAGUAUCUAUGCUGCUCAGAAACAGCACAAAUUAGCCCUGGCUGGCUACGAGUUCUGCAUCCUGACCUUAGAGGAGAAGAUUUCCAAGCAAAAGGACUUGCCUGAGGAUGUCUUACCAGCUGAAGAAAAGGCCAACACCCGUCUCUUGCUUGGGAUGAGCCUAGACUCCUAUGCUCGCUAUCUCCUAAACGUUAACCAGCUCCCAGUGGCCCAAAAAAUGUAUGAGAAGGCUCUGCAGAUAUCAAAUGAUGUUCAGGGAGAGACUCAUCCACAGACUGUGGUCCUGAUGAAUGACUUAGCAACUGUCCUGGAUGCUCAGGGGCACUACGAUGAGGCGCACUCCUAUGUGAAGAGGGCAGCUGAGCUGGCAAAGGAGACUCAACACCCCGAGGAGCACAUGGUGCUGAAUAACCUGGCAGCAAUUCUGAUGCACAAAGAAGACUUCCUGCAAGCAAAACAAGUGUACAAAGAAGCUCUCAAGCAGGCACAACAGAAGGGAGAUAUUGCCUCUGUCCAGCAUAUCCAGGAAGAACUAGCUGAGCUGGCCAAGAGGAGAAAAGGCUCCAAAUAAAUUUGGCCACAGAGUCCAACCUUGAGGAGGCUGACAGCAGCAAGGGUUGGUCAGUACGUGCAGCCUGGGAUGAGUCUGGUGCAGUUCUCCAGGGCAACAGCAAUGAGGAGUUUAAGGGCUGCUUAACAAGAAGGGCUGCUAUUGCCUAACAACUUAGCCCAAAAUAAAGUUGUGAAAUCUUAA